AUGCCCCUAGACACGUCUACGACAUAUCCUCUUACCAAGCUCCGGCUCGAUGGCCGUCGGUGGAACGAGCUCCGCCUGCUUCAGGCCCAGAUCUCUACAAACCCAGCAAGUUCGGGCUCCUCAUAUUUGUCCAUGGGCAACACGGCUGUUAUGUGCACUGUUCACGGUCCCGCCGAAGGUCGUCGCGGCGAAGCAGCAGGUGCAGGGGGCACAACAGGUGCAGUCGUGGAGGUCGAUGUCAAUAUUGCAGGAUUCGCGUUAGUCGAUCGCAAGAGGAGAGUUGGUGGAAGUGACAGUACCAUAAGCAUCCAGGUUUCCGUGCUAUCGGCAGACGGAUCGCUGCUCGCAGCCGCCAUAAACGCCUGCACUCUUGCGCUCGUCGACGCGGGUAUUCCCAUGCCGGGCCUGCUCUGCGGCUGCACUGCCGGAAUGAGCGGCAGCGCAUCUACGCCCCGGGAUCCGAACGACGACGGCCUCGAUCCGCUGCUAGAUCUCUCCCUGCCAGAAGAGCAAGAGUUACCGUUUGUGACCGUCGGGACGACAACUCCGAUCCCCACGGGGGAAGAUGCCAUGGAAGACGAGGUGGAUGACAUGCGAGUGUCGGUUCUGCAUAUGGAGACCAGGGCGCAUAUCUCGUAUCUCGAGACGAUGCUUGCAGUCGGUAUUGACGGGUGCAAGCAAAUACGAGAGAUCCUGGAAGGUGUGAUCAAGGGAGCGAACCGGGCUAUUGUCCCUGCCAGCAGCGAAGGCCUAGAUGAUGUAUGA